CGCAUCACCUGUGGUAGCGUAGUGCAGUCAGAAGGCUGGCCACAACAGCAGAGAAAAAGUUGUACUUACCAAUGGCUGUCAUUGCUUUUUCUGACAGAUGUUUUUACGUGCUUUAUCACGCGAGUUUCGCCUUAUUCGAACAGAUUCUUAUGAUAAUUUCAUCUUUAGGCAUUUUGUGAAUCCAAUAUUAUUACAGUAGUAAAAAAAUAUUGAACUAAGAGUGCUCUUUUAAAUUUAAAGGGUGCGUCAUUGGAAUUCCAAGGAUCACGAUCUUGAAAAGAUUAUAUAGGAAGCUAAAAGAAUAAAAGAAGGAAUAAAAGAAGUGCGAACGAAAUUACGUGAAAUAAAGAGAGUGACUAAAAACAAAGGGUAUGGCGAAGACGUAUGAUUAUUUGUUCAAGUUGUUGCUGAUUGGUGAUUCAGGGGUCGGCAAGACGUGCGUCCUCUUCAGGUUCUCUGAGGAUGCUUUCAACACGACCUUCAUCUCGACCAUUGGUAUCAAUUAUCAUUUUUUAUUAAUAAAGAUAAAUAAAAUAAUUAAGUUAGAGAUUUGGGAUACAGCAGGACAAGAAAGGUUUCGUACUAUAACUACAGCAUAUUAUCGUGGUGCAAUGGGUAUAAUGUUAGUUUAUGAUGUAACUAAUGAAAAAAGUUUUGAGAACAUAAAGAAUUGGAUUAGAAAUAUUGAAGAAAAUGCCUCAGCAGAUGUUGAAAAAAUGUUAUUGGGCAAUAAGUGUGAACUUACAGAAAAGCGACAAGUUUCAAAAGAACGAGGAGAGCAACUUGCUGUUGAAUAUGGAAUCAAAUUUAUGGAAACAUCUGCUAAAUCCAGCAUUAAUGUUGAAGAGGCAUUUUAUACUCUUGCACGAGAUAUUAAAGCUAAAAUGGAAAAAAAACUGGAGGCGUCAAAUCCACCGAAGGGAGGAGGACAUCAGCUGAAAGCAUCCGAGCCACAGAGGAAACCACCAAGUUGGCUUGCACGAUGCACUAUACUCUGACCCUUCAACCGGCAUAUCCUCGACCGUCACCUACUUUUUACCUUCGGUCUCCUUCACUCGCUGUACGUCGCGAGUACUUCUGUGAUUUUACUCCUUGACGACCACCUUCGUUUCCCUCCGUCGCUGCCGGUCUCUCUUUUUUACUGAUUACUUAUACGAACUCUUUUAUCCUGGAGGAGAAACUAUCUUUUCCCUCUUCUAUAAGAAACAAGAAAAAAAAGACAUUCAAGAGAAUUUCUUGAAGGAAACGAAUCGCGAAUUGUGAUAAUUUUUGAUAAUUUUUUAACGAUGCUCGAAUAACACCAUGAAUCACAUCGUUUCUACUUCUCAUAUUUUAUGAUGAAAUCAGGAGGAAUUAUCAUACAAUUGAUCGAGCUGUCUUAGAACACCUUUCGCCAUGUAAAAUCGACAUAGUGUUGAAGGAGAUUAAUUUUAACUCCUAGACGCAAUCAAUGAGUAAUCUAGAAAGUAAAUCAAUUUCGAGAAUUGUGUAUUUUAAGUAGUGUGCACUUUUUUUUUUUCGUUUAAUAUACGAUUUAUAUACAUUGCAAGUUUUGCUGUGAAUAAACUGCGAUAAACUAAAAGUUGGGCACUUAUAAAAGCAAUAAUAAAUCGUUGAAUUAUUUUUACGUUAAUUAACUUAUAUUUUAAAAAUCUCUGUUCUCAAGAGUUUUGGUUAUAUUUUAUAAAAAUGUGAUUAUAUUAAAUACGUUGUUAUAGUGCAUAGAUAUGGGAAACAUAAGAUGCGUCUGUAUUUUAUGUUUGUAUGCUAUGCAUACGAAGUUUCUCCUCCAUGUUUCAAUUAAUCAAGGGGUACAAUCGAUUUUUUUAACGCAUGUUUAGUAUUCGCUUUAUUUAAACAAGUAAAAAAAAAAAAAAAAAAAAAAAAAGAA